GCAAGGCGGCGGCGGCGGUGAGAGGCGCCGCGGGACGAGGCAGCGGCCCCCGCCCCCUGAAGCCCAUCCCCGCGCGGGGCUGGGGAUCUCAGGGCGGGGAAGCCGCGGGGCUGCGCCACGUCCCUUGCCCGCCCCAGAGCGGGCGUUGCAGGCGGCUUUUGUGUCUGCGACUCGGGAGCGGCGAGAGCGCAGACCUCCUCCUCAGAGGGCGCUGUGAGUGUGCGGCCGGGGCCGGGCCGCCCGCCUCUUGUCUCCCCUGUCAGCAGCUCCUGAGGCGGCGGCGGCGGCGAAGAAGAAGAAGGAGUACGAGGCGGCGGCGGCGGCGGCGGCGCCCUCGUUCUCCGCACAUGCUGGCCCCGGGCGGGGGGCCGCCCCCAGGCCGCGCUCCGGGCCGCCGCCGCUGAGCCCGGCCAGUCCCCGCACGCUGCCCGGCCGCCCCGAGGCCUCGUUCUCCUCCGAAACUUUGCAAAGUCGGCCCGCGUCCCCGCCGCCCUCGGCUGCGCCUUGGCUCGAAGGCUCGCCUCGUAGCCGCAGCGGCCCCGCGAGGAGGAGGAGCCGCCGCCGCAGCAUCAAAGAGACCGAAUUCCCGCGGCCUGGGGGGGAGUCAUGCUUUGCGGUCUGUAAUGUCAGCAGAACAGGAGAAGGAUCUCAUUUCGCUGAAGAGAGUUCGAGGUGGUGAUAGUGGACUGGAUGGGUUAGGAGGACCAGGUGUACAACUAGGAAGCCCAGAUAAGAAAAAACGCAAGGCAAAUACACAGGGUCCUUCUUUUCCUCCAUUGUCUGAGUAUGCUCCACCACCGAAUCCAAACUCUGACCAUCUAGUGGCUGCUAAUCCAUUUGAUGACAACUAUAAUACUAUUUCCUAUAAACCACUAUCUUCAUCAAAUCCAUAUCUUGGCCCUGGUUAUCCUGGCUUUGGAGGCUAUAGCACAUUCAGAAUGCCACCUCACAUUCCCCCGAGAAUGUCUUCCCCAUACUGUGGUCCUUACUCACUCAGGAAUCAGCCACACCCAUUUCCUCAGAAUCCUUUGGGCAUGGGUUUUAGUCGACCCCAUGCUUUUAACUUUGGGCCACCUGAUAAUUCAAGUUUUGGAAAUCCACCUUAUAAUAGUGCACUAAAUCAGAAUGUUAACAUGCCUAAUCAACAUUUUAGACAAAAUCCUGCUGAAAACUUCAGUCAGAUGCCUCCACAGAAUGCUAGCCAAAUAUCUAACCCUGACUUGGCAUCUAAUUUUGUUCCUGGAAAUAAUACAAAUUUUAAUUCUCCAUUAGAAUCUAAUCAUUCUUUUAUUCCUCCUCCAAACACUUUUGGUCAAGCAAAAGCACCAUCCCAAAAACAAGACUUUAGUCAAGGAGCAAACAAAAACACGAAUCAAAAUGCCUCUGCUCAUCCCCCUCACUUAAAUAUGGAUGACACAGUGAAUCAGAGUAAUAUUGAAUUAAAAAACGUUAAUCGAAACAAUGCAGUAAAUCAAGAGAAUAGCCGUUCCAGUAGUACUGAAGCUACGAACAACAACCAUGCAAAUGGGACACCAAACAAGCCUCGACAACCUAGAGGUGCAGCAGAUGCAUGCACCACUGAAAAAAGCAAUAAAUCCUCUCUCCACCCAAGCCGUCAUGGCCAUUCGUCUUCCGAUCCGGUGUAUCCUUGUGGAAUUUGUACAAAUGAAGUGAAUGAUGAUCAGGAUGCCAUCUUAUGUGAGGCCUCUUGUCAGAAAUGGUUUCAUCGAAUCUGCACAGGAAUGACUGAAACAGCUUAUGGCCUCUUAACUGCGGAAGCAUCAGCAGUAUGGGGCUGUGACACCUGUAUGGCUGACAAAGAUGUCCAGUUAAUGCGCACUAGAGAAACUUUCGGUCCCCCUGCAGUGGGCAGUGAUGGUUAAUCACAAGCAUUAUCUAAAGUGUUUGUUAUUUUCCUGUGUAUUACAAAGGUUCAGUGACACAGGAAUUUAAUGUUUUACAUUAUUUUUUAAAUGUAUACACAAACAGAUUAUUUACCUUUUGGUUUUUAUUAAUAAUUCUACUUCAGUACUAGUGCAAAUUUUGUAUUGUCUUUGCUGUCUUAAAUGAGAAUAAUGUAUAUGGGGGUGCUUUAGAAAGUACUGAAUUUAGUUGUUGUUGUUCAUCCUAAACAUAAAAGCCUCUAGAAGCUUCAAAAUAAUACAUAGCAAAUGUAGGGAAGUUUUAACUUUUAAAAGGUAGUAUUGUUGAAAGAUGUUUAUUUCAUUGCUAAACUUUGAAGAUACCACAUGAAACAUUUAGUUCAAAAGUUAUCCAAGGAUCCAUCUGACAUGUUUUCAGAACAAAAGUAUGUAGUUAUAUCAUGGGGGAAGCAUACAUUUUAAUGAAUAUUUUUUAAAAUAAUAGAAUAUGACACCAGAAUCCUCCCCCACUGGGGUUCUUGAAAUUAGUGACUUUCAUAUUUUGAAGACCAUCCUUCCAGGAUAUCUGUUUAUACAGAUAUGAGACAGAUCUUAGCAUAUAGUAGAUGCUUAGUAAAUAUUUGUUGGUUAACUUGUGGAUUGUACCACAUGAAAUUGCUGAUAUUUGAUCAGUUGAAAAUUGACUGCAAUUAGUAGAGUUGACUUAAAGUAUGUUUUCAUUAGUGUUAUUUAGAAUUAAACAGUUUUAUGUUCUUCAGGUUCCUUUGAUUAUUGAGUUGUUUUGUUAUUGCUUGUUGUUUUCCAGAGAAAUAAAUGAUAGAGUAUCUUCAGAAGAAUUGCUGAUAUUUUUUAAAAUAUAUUUUUAAGCUGGGACAGAAACACCAGUUCAGUCUUAGAGGGCUCAGCUAGUGAAAGAACUACUCAGUGGCAAUUUAAAAAAUUUUGUUCUGGGGAUCUGAAUUUCAAAGCUAAGCCUUGGGAGAUCAAAAUUCAUAUUAAACAAAGUUCAGUUAAGAGUCAGGGUAAAAGCUAACUGACAAACAAUAAUUUGAGGCCUUGAAGCAGUCUGAGGAGUUUCUACUGUAAUUAGGGAAAGUGUGAAAAAAAUGGACAGGUUUUCUCUUGAGAGAUGAACAAAAACAGGCAUUAGGAGUUGUGCUUAUUAAGAUUCAAAACAGCAAAAACCCUUUUUUUUGGAGCAAAUCAUAACCUAUGACAAAAAAAAAAAAGGAAACUGUAUGA